AUGGCCAAAGGAAAGAAGAUACAUGUGAAAAAAGAACCAGGUCUUGCUACAUCGAAUGACUUGGUCCCUAUAGAUCCGUUGUCGACAUCAGAAGUAACUGCAACCGUAAAAGAUGAACCGAGCCAGGCCAACGAUUCGACCAACGAAUCUACUACGUCAAAUGAUAAAUUUCCCUCUUUCUCAAAUGUUAAAAAUGUCACAAACCCGACAUUUAAUUCUCGAGGACGAGGCCGAGCUUAUAGACCAAAUGGCAGCCGAAAACCGUUCAGAGUUUUCGUUCCAAAACAAACCGAGUCAAGUCCUCCUGAGACACUAAUAACAAAGGAAUACAAAAUUUCGCCUGAAAACAUAUUAUGUUUCUUCGGCACUGGCCACUUCAUUUCUGCGCUUUUUCCCUCCCAAAUAACUCUUGAUGGAAACGAAUAUAACUCGGUUGAGCAUUAUUAUCAAGCAUGCAAGCUUUUCACUCUGGCCGGAAAAGAAGCUGCUGCUCAAACUAAGACGGCUUCGACUCCGCUUGAAGUGAAGCAAAUCGCGAAACGGUUGUUGCAAAAUGUGCCUAAAUACAAAGUCGAUGAAUGGAAAAAUACCUAUAGCGUAUCGAUUCUAAAGCAUGCAAUUUUGAACAAAUUCCAGCAAAAUGAAGAGUUACAGAAAAAGCUUUUGGACACUGGAGAGAAGAUUUUAAUUCAAAGUUAUCAUGGUGACUCAUUUUACGCUGUUGGUGCAAAUGAUAAGUACACUAUAGCAUGGGCGCAAAGAAACAAAGACAAAGUUAUUAAGGUUCCAUUUGAUUUGGGCCCGGAUAAUUUCAAAUACGUUCCUGUCAUUUGUUACGGAAAAAAUUUAUUGGGUUUCAUCACAAUGCAAGUUCGCGACGAAAUUCGUUUGAAGAAAAACGAAAUUUAA